AUGGACGGACAGUCUGAGGAAACAUGCAGGCACGAGAUAGAUGAGCAUAGCGACAGAGAGAGAAGAGUGGAAGAGAUUGGGGGAGGCAACUCAAGUCCUGCAAAAGUCUUGCAACAAGACAAAAACCAUGACUUGACCCUGGAAGACCAAGACCACUUAUUAGACUACAAGACCACCACCAAGGAAGUUUUGGAACGACGCACUACCCCAGGCGAAGCACUGAACCAUCCUUUCGUCCGAUUGGCUCACCUGAUCGACUAUGCGCACUGCAACAACGUCAAAGCCAGCGUCCAAAUGAUGGAGGUUUGUCGUCGCAACGACUACAGCACAUCUUCGGCCGCUUCCCACCACCAACCAGCUCAACAGGCGCCAUCUUUGGUCGCUAACUUUGUACCAAACUCUAAUGGUAACGUGACGUUUACCAUAAACAAUCAACUGACCAACCAAGUGCAGAGGCUAGUGAGGGAUAGGUCUGGAUAUGACAACUUGUACCAGAUUUACAAUGGAAGAACUGUUGGACGUCAGUACGCAACCAGCGCUAGAGCAGAUCCGUUCCAGCAUCAAUUGGUGUCCAGUAUACUCUGUCCAGCAGGUUACCAAGGAAUGGGCGGUUCCCCUGCCAAGCACGUGACCGUAGUGCAGCAACCCCCUCUACAGAUACAACCUCCCAUUUUGAGCCAACCCGGCCAACAACAGUAUGUUCCUGUCAGCGUGGUUGAGCCGACUGGACGACAAAUGUUGUUAACUGUAAGCACAUAA